UUCUGGAUGCUGACAUUGUCUUCCGGUUGUCUGUGGCCCAGAGAGGGGUUUACGGUACUCACGAUGAGGUCGCUGGCGUUUGUGGUGUUGGCUCUGUUAGCUGUCAGUCAAGCAGAAGAAGGAGCCAGGCUUUUGGCCUCCAAAUCAUUGCUGAACAGAUACGCCGUGGAAGGGCGGGACCUGACCCUGCAGUAUAACAUCUACAAUGUUGGCUCCAGUGCUGCAUUAGAUGUGGAAUUAUCUGAUGACUCCUUCCCUCCUGAAGACUUUGGCAUUGUCUCUGGUAUGCUCAAUGUCAAAUGGGACCGGAUUGCCCCUGCUAGCAAUGUCUCCCACACAGUGGUCCUGCGCCCUCUCAAAGCUGGUUACUUCAACUUCACCUCAGCGACUAUUACCUACCUGGCCCAAGAGGACGGGCCUGCUGUGAUUGGCUCCACCAGUGCCCCAGGGCAGGGGGGCAUCCUUGCCCAGCGGGAGUUUGACCGGAGAUUCUCACCCCAUUUUCUGGACUGGGCGGCCUUUGGGGUCAUGACCUUGCCCUCCAUAGGCAUCCCUCUGCUCCUGUGGUAUUCCAGCAAGAGGAAGUAUGAUACUCCCAAACCCAAGAAGAACUGAAUGCAGUUUCCUCGGCCCUUCUCUCUCAAAAAAACCAGGUGUUUUCCAGACUCCUUAGGGUAUCAAAUAUGCUCUCUUGGCCCUUGGCUCGUGGCCACUUUGUCCUGGAUCCUACCCUGAACUCAACCAGAUUCAAGGGGCAGCCCUGGAAGUUUGUGAGAGCCUCCUGUUCUCACUGAAGCCAUAAAACAGGACUGCUGUUAGCCACAGCUUUGGGCUUGAGGGUCCCACCAAGGUGCUGUUGGUGUAUUACUGCUAAUGUGAACUCUUGGGGGUCCAGGAGGGGCCCUUUGGAUACUGUAUGACACCCCCAACCCCUGGCAGCUCCUCUCAAGAGGGUGGAAGAUUAAAUGAAAGCUAUGGGGGCUACAUGGACUCUGCCUGGAGUAGGGGCACUUACCAAAUGGGUUUUCUAAUAAAAACAAAUGCCAUACCCA